AAGGGAACUCAAAGUGAAAUUCAUCGUUGAUUACUUAGCCUUUGUACCAUCACAUGACUUCCUGAAACAGCCUUGCUGAGACUGCUUUAUUAUAUAGAGCAUAUCGUGCCUCGCUCUCUGUGUGAGGAAGUCCAGUAAAGUACAAGCAUCUGGCAGUGCUGUGCUCUCCUCCCAGUCCCUGAGUUAACAACAUUUUUCAGUCUCUCCCUGAACAUGGUGCUCUCCGCGACCCUACUAGCAAUUGCCCUGCUGGGUGGUGUGUGCUGUGUGUCUGAGUUUACUUUCCAAGAAAUAGUUUCUUUCAAGACGUGGAUGACUCAGCACAACAAACACUACAGCUCAGAAGAAUAUUCCUACAGGCUCCGCACUUUCAUUCAAAACAAGAGAAAGGUGGAAGAGCACAACUCCGGACAGCAUUCCUAUCGCAUGGGGUUGAACCAAUUCUCUGACAUGACCUUCAGUGAAUUUAAGAAGCUGUACCUGCUACGGGAGCCACAGAAUUGCAGUGCUACACGAGGAAACCAUGUUCUCAGCAUGGGGCCUUACCCCGAUUUUGUAGACUGGAGAACCAAAGGCAAUUACGUCACACCAGUGAAGAAUCAGGGUGGUUGUGGAAGCUGUUGGACGUUUUCGACCACUGGAUGCUUGGAAUCUGCAAUAGCAAUCAAAACAGGCAAACUCCUCUCACUGGCUGAACAGCAGCUUGUAGACUGUGCUGGGGCGUAUAAAAACCAUGGGUGCAAUGGGGGACUCCCGAGCCAAGCCUUCGAGUACAUCAAGUACAACGGGGGACUUGAGGCAGAAAAAGACUAUCCUUACACAGCACAGGACCAACACUGCCAAUACCAGCCCAACAAAGCAGUCGCGUUUGUCAAGGAAGUAGUCAAUAUAACACAGUACGAUGAAAAUGGCAUUGUGGAUGCUGUGGCCAGACUGAAUCCCGUCAGUAUCGCCUUCGAAGUGACUGAUGACUUUUUCCAAUACGAAGGCGGUGUCUAUUCCAACUCGAAUUGCGAUUCCACACCCGACAAAGUCAACCACGCAGUCCUGGCUGUAGGUUACGGAGUACAAAAUGGGACCAAGUACUGGAUUGUGAAGAACUCCUGGGGCCCUGAGUGGGGAUUAAAUGGGUAUUUUUACAUUAUUCGAGGAAAGAACAUGUGUGGUUUGGCCGCUUGUCCUUCCUACCCCAUACCUUUACUGUGAGGUUGCUGGCAACCCCCAGACUGGAUGGAAAGAAUCCUGCAAGUCACAAGAAAUUAUGCGUCUUUAAUAGGUCGAAAAAUUGCAGUACGAGACGUGAUAAUUAUCAUCACUGGUGGUAAUGCUCACAUCACGCCCCGUGUUGUAUUUUUCACAAUCGCAGGAAUUAAGUCGGUUUCUUCUGAAAUGAUGAUUGAGUCAAACGCUAUCUGAGCGUCAAAUGCUUUCUGCGGACCUGUAUUUUACACUAUUAUAGAUACACACGCUGUGGGUUUUAGCUCGCUGAGUAAUCGCACCUGAUAUUUUAAUCGAUCUUACGUAAGACCUGCGUUGUUUUUGGUGGCAGUCAAAGGAACUAUAUACAUUCAAUUUGUCUUUUGAGAUGUCUCAAAGCGCUUCGCAGAAUUUACCGUGAGGGCGAAGUCACAGUGCGUUUCGUGGGCAAUACCAAGUCACUGUAAUCGGCUCUGAAAAUGUCAACAAGCGCGAGCAUCGCUCGGCUUCGACCCACAACUUCGGAGAGAAAGCCCGUCGAGACGCAGUGCCCCCCCCCCCACCCCCCCCCGAGUCACAUCGAGAGCAUUCCCGAUUAUUCCUGAAGUGAAUCCCGGCCUCCGACACUCGGCAACCUCCAACCAUCACCGUCGCUCGGUGCCUAUCGUUCGCGGGCGACUGACUUGCCACAAUAAAAUCCGCAAUAAAACCACAAUAAAAUCCGUUCCGCAA